UGACUACCAGCCAUUCAUCAGACAGACUGGCCUAUCAAUGACAUGUCUCCCAUCAGGGCUCCUAUAAAAUGAUGCUUUUUCCCAUGCAACAUCAGCAAACAUUGUGACUGGUCUGUCUCUGCCCCGCUGGAUUACCAAGUGUCCCUUUUCCCACUUCUUCUUCCCCCUUUCGCUGUGUCCAUUGCUGAGAUAGGGGGGUCAGACAUCCCCAGGAUUUUGGUCUUGUGUACUGCCCAUGGGAAGAGUAUGCAUUGUGGGAUACUGGAAGAAACAGAUAUGGACUCCACAGAAAGUUGGAUUGAACGGUGUCUCAGUGAAAGUGAAAACAAGCGAUAUUCAAGUCACUCAUCCUUGGGCAAUGUUUCUAAUGAGGAAACAGAUGAAGAGAAGGAAAAUAGGGCAUCGAAACCCCAUUCCACACCGGCCACUUUACAAUGGUUGGAAGAGAACUAUGAGAUUGCCGAGGGUGUUUGCAUCCCCAGAAGUGCCCUUUAUAUGCACUACUUGGAUUUCUGUGAGAAAAACGACACACAGCCAGUAAAUGCGGCAAGCUUUGGCAAGAUAAUUAGACAGCAGUUCCCACAACUGACCACAAGGAGACUGGGAACCAGAGGACAAUCAAAGUAUCAUUAUUAUGGCAUCGCUGUUAAGGAGGCCUCUCAAUAUUAUGAUGUUAUGUACUCUAAGAAAGGAGCCGCAUGGGUCAACGAGACGGGAAAAAAAGAAGUCACAAAGCAGACAGUGGCGUAUUCACCACGAUCCAAGCUUGGAACAUUAUUGCCAGAGUUCCCAAAUGUCAAAGACCUAAAUCUGCCAUCUAACAUCCCAGAAGAAAAGAUUUCAACAUUUAUAAUGAUGUAUAGAACCCACUGCCAAAGGAUUCUGGACACUGUAAUACGAGCCAACUUUGAUGAGGUUCAAAGUUUCCUCCUGCACUUUUGGCAAGGCAUGCCUCCACACAUGCUGCCAGUCCUGGGCUCGUCCACGGUGGUGAAUAUAGUGGGAGUGUGUGAUUCUAUACUGUAUAAAGCCAUCUCCGGCGUUUUGAUGCCAACUGUAUUACAAGCAUUGCCUGACAGUUUGACACAAGUUAUAAGAAAAUUUGCAAAACAGCUGGACGAAUGGUUAAAAGUGGCUCUGCACAACCUUCCGGAAAACUUACGAAAUAUCAAAUUUGAGCUGUCCAAAAGGUUCUCACAAAUCCUUCGACGACAGACAUCUUUAAACCAUCUGUGUCAAGCAUCACGGACAGUGAUACACAGCGCAGAUAUUACAUUUCAGAUGCUGGAAGACUGGAGGAAUGUUGACCUUAAUAGCAUUACCAAACAGAGUCUGUAUACUAUAGAAGAUUCCAGAGACGAGCACAGGAAGCUGAUUGUCCAGUUGUACCAGGAAUUUGAUCAUUUAUUAGAAGAACAAUCUCCAAUAGAAGCUUACAUUGAUUGGCUGGAUUCCAUGGUAGACCGAUGUGUUGUAAAAGUAGCAUCCAAAAAAACUGGCUCCCUGAAGAGAGUGGCACAACAGUUCCUUUUAAUUUGGUCUUGCUUUGGUACAAGAGUCAUUCGGGAUAUGACAUUGCACAGUGCACCAAGUUUCGGGUCAUUCCACCUCAUACACCUAAUGUUUGAUGACUAUGUCCUCUAUUUAUUGGAGUCUUUACACUGCCAAGAGAGAGCCAAUGAACUUAUGAGGGCCAUGAAGGGAGAAUCACAGAGUGAAGUCACAGAUGAAAUGAUACUGUCAGAGCCUGCCAUUUCUACACCCUCUCCAAUCCCAUUUUCACCGGCUGCAUCUUCAACUUUAGCUGAAAUCCCAUCCGCAACUUCCCCCGGGAACCAUUCUCCAGACAGUGGAGUCGCAUUGGUGACGACAGGUACAAUGCAGUCAUAUACAUGGUCUCUAACCUACACUGUCACCACAGCUGCUAAUGGACCUCCUGAGAGCCCCCAGCAAGUCCCGUGUAUGAGGAGUGCACACAUGUCCCCUUCUGUCACGCAUCGAAUACCUGUAUAUCCGCAUCGAGAAGAACAUGGGUAUACAGGGAGCUAUAAUUAUGGAACUUACAGCAAUCAGAGUCAUCAUCCAAUAGCAUCGCAAUAUACAUCUUUACCCCACGAGGCUGGAAUUACGGGACCACUUCAUUAUACAGCCUACCACAGAAGCACCUCCCAGUACCCAUUUAACAGCCAGACACGUAUGGAUCCCUGUCUGAUGAGCAGCACUCCCCGACUUCAUCCAAGUCAAGUGGCACCACGCUGGCCAGAUGUGGCAUCAGGCAACAGCUGCUAUACCUCCCCUUCCAUGCACUCUGGCAGAUAUGGGAGCUCUACCGACAUGUACACAUCCUUGGCUACACGAAGGAACUCAGACUAUGAUCACAUGCAGCAUUUUCCUGGCUUUGCAUAUAUAAAUGGGGAGGCAAGCACAGGCUGGGCCAAGUGAAGCAUGUGCUGAAGACUUUUCAGAACUUCUAAGACUAUUUCUAAAAUUAUAAGAACCUGAUUAUAAAAAGGGCAUAGUUUAAAAAAACAGACAUGUACAGUGAAUAAAUGUCCUUGUAGUAAAUGAGAAUUUAUUGCUACUGUAGAGCACUAUAUGGGACCAAAUGGUGCCUUUCAAAUGUUAAUGAGUUAUUUCUGUUUAUGUGAUCCCAGUUCCAGAUAAAUAAUUAUGUUCCAUUUUGGAUGUUAACAAUAUCGUUGGAAGCAGGGGAAAGAAGAAUUGUACUUGCUGCCAAAAGCAACCCAUCAGCAUUUCCAUUUUAUAGUUCUAAAGCAACAUGGGGGAACAAAAGGGUAGAAUCUGAUUGGUUGUGAUAAGUAGCAUUAAUUAUUCCCUUUUCAGACAAUUUUGAGCAUGAGUCCCCUCUAUAAUUAGAGGUCCUAAAAUGCUUAUUUUCAUGUUUAAACCUGGAUUGGAAAAUCUUAAUGAUUUUUAUGGUCAACGCCUUUACUUUCCCUUUUUUAUUAGGUCCUCUUCAUGUUCAUGAACAAAUGGCACCUUAACGCAUCUAGGUAGUCCACUGCACUUGUGUUAUAGUACACCACAAUACAUACAAAGUCUUUGUGGUCACUAAGCAAUGGUUUCUUAUGCUCCUUAGAAAGUAGAUGGUUCUUUUACUACUGAGCUACAGUGGGAAUGUUGGUUAAAGCAGGAAUAAGGCCUUGUUUACAUCCCACAAUUUGAGAUUGUGGGCAGAAUCAUACCCGUGAUCCCCAGUCACGUGGAGCUUGCUGUACAACGCACGUUUGGGUACCAGUAUCACUUUAAUGGCACCCCAAAUAGGACUGCCCAUUCAAGUGGUUGGCUGGCCCUAUGUGACAUGCAAAAGUGUGUUCAGAAUGCUCCAAAAAAAAUCUUGUUUCCGCUACGCAAAAGUGUGAAUGCAGCCUAAAAGUUACACUGGAUGAUGCCUGCCAGUGGAUAUGAACAAAGUUCAGUGUUACUAAAAAAAGGAGCAGACAAAAUCUGGAGCAUGGCAACCAAUCAGCUUUUAUCUUCAGCUUAUUCAGUAAGCCAAUUGGUUGCCAUGCACAGCUGCUCCAGAUUCUGUCUGCUCCAGUCUUACGGUUCGUACACACUACUAUUUUUUUUGUUCAAUCCAGUGGGAACCACUGUACAAACUAUGCAAUGUUAGUACAGUGAUUCACCCUGCUGUUCUAUUAUGUUCUGACGGUGGACUGCCCCCCGCUAGAACACUCCGGUAGACCUUUUUCAGUCAUGCUGAAUGGCUGGCUCCUGUCAGACCGGCUGCAGCACAUAUGGGCCAAAUGUUAAACCAGCCAAUGCCGCAUGAUGUUUUCCCAGCUAGACUAAGGCCUAAGGAAUCUGUAUUCCCAACCUAAAGAGCAGUUAUCAGGAGUAGCCAGACUUUGAAGCAUUAUUUCAUUACCCCUUCUUUAAACCAUCAUUGAGUUAAAUAUUUUCAAAACAGAGUAGGUCAAGCUAAUAAUAAAACUCAAAAAGUUGAAAUGUUGGCCCAGGUAUUUAAAGAUCUAACACCAAUUACACUGCUUUUAGAUUAUGUUAAUCUCCCCAAUAAGUUUAGUAUUGCAUUUUGAGAAGUUCCAAAAGCAAAAUUAUCAACCAGUGACCAGUAUUGAAGAUGGCCAUAAACAUUAGAUGUCCAUAGAAUGAUGUGUAAGGGCCUGUGUUGAUGGGCUUUUGUUCACUUCAGAUGGAUUUUGCAUUCCCAUACAAGUCUAUAGGAAUGCAAAACCCAUCUGAAAAAGGUCAAAUGCCGGUCAGAAAGAGGUCAACUGCAAGUCUUAUGCCUAGUGAAUUCUGAAUUAUCUCUGAAGCGUUUCAAACUGAUGCCUAAGCCGAUCAACACAGGACCUAAAUUCUGGUUGGUCUUGAUGCAUACAAGGCCAAAGCAGACUCCCCGAAGCUACCGGCAUUAUAAGAAAAGGUUACUGCAAAUUUUUUGAAAACCUAUUGUUUCCUGGUGCCUAACAGAUAUCCAUGCAUGUUUGGAGGAUACAUGUAUGUACAACAGUAUGUUUAUGUAACAAUAAUGUUUAAGUGAUGACAAAAAGAUCUUCUGCUAUGUUUUUAAGGUGGCCAGUUUGAGGCCAUCUCCAUAUGUGCAAUACACAUUUAUUGUUACAUGUAUUUUCCAUCUUGGCAGAUCCUAUAUACCCCACUACUGCUAUUCUAUGGCAGCCAAAGACUGUCAGAGUGAAUGUGUCCUCCUUGAACAAUUACAAUGUUGGACAUAAGAUUAUAAAAGGUACUGACUGUAAGUGUUAUACUUAAUUAAAGCCCUACUUGUGCUGUUUCUUUGUGAUUUAGUGGUGGGUGCAAAAAACUGCGCCACCUCUAGAUACAUUGAGCAAGUGUAGCAGUGUCAGUAGGAAUGCCAGCUAUAUCUGCUCCAUUGUCUUGGUAGUUAUAUCUGAAAAAAUUAUAUUGUAUUGCCAGCUGAUAACACAAACAAAAUGUCAUAGACUAAAAGAUAAAUAAAUGCCACAAAUGCCCAAGCCCCUUUAUUGAUAUAGAAGAGGGGCUACAGCAUUUUAAUUAUAUAUUUAUUUUUUUACAAUUAUCUAUUUCGGACAUCCAUAACAGUAUAUUGUCUAUUAGAUAUUUCUAACUCCGAAAGUUGAAUGAUAAAAUCCUAUUUUGAUUCAGCAUAAUAUAGCAAAUAAGGCAAUCUGAAUAUAAUCAAGACCUGCUGUUUUAACAUUGGUGUUCUACCACAAUUAAAAAAAAAAAAAA